AUGUUUGAGAUUCCGAACAUGAGUCUGGACACAGCACGAGACGAACUCGGCGAUGGUUUCGCACGCAGGAUCGACGUCGACUUCAAGCAUUCCAAAUGCAUCUGGUGCAAAGCAGGCGGAACCAAAACGAAGAAGAAAAACCAUUCCCUAAUGAACUGCCCUACCACAAAGCCUGCGGAGAACGACCAAACUUCGCUCUCAAAUGAGAUCUUCAAUGCUGGUAAGGAAGGUGCUGCAAUUGCAUAUAUUCAUCAAAAACAGCUUUCUGUGUAUCCUCGGGAUGACAAUGCGACGACUUUCUCGACUGGACUCUCGCGGCCACAUGCCUCAAACUACACUGUUUCUGUUAAAACUGCACCCGCUCCUCCUUCGGCUCCUUCUGGUCUUUCGUUCACUCCCAUCAUCCCUGUCCCGAGCCCUCAACCACCUGCUAGUUCCGCAACUCAGGGCGUAUCAUCUAGUAUCCCAUCUACGUCCAUCGAUCAAAGCUCUUCCGGCUUUGCCAGUUCGUCCGUUGUGCCUACUACUGGUUCUACACCUGCAGCGACUGCCCCGAUUUCAGUCAUAGAAAACCACAUUCUCCCGAACAUGUUGUCGGAUCAACCUCAUACAGAAGUUGCCACUCAGUCCUCUGCUUUUGGGUUGAAUGCUGUCGCUUCUGUUGCUUCUGCUGUCCCAACUACCAACCUUCAGGACGCACCUGUGGUUAAUUUCGGGGAGCUCACACGCUACAAUCGAGCUCCCGGCUCAUCCGCUUACGCGAAUGGAAAUUCAGACCUUGUGGACACUGGGGAAUUGAACGGAGAAUUAGAGAGACUCAAGGAUACCGCAUUACAAUAUCCCAUCAGACAGUCGCUUCGCGAAAGGCCAAAGAAAGGAGAGGUACUUACCAACUACUUCAAAAUUUCUAUUGAUCCACAGACUACUUUCUACGAAUAUCAAGUUCUAGGCAUCCCGGACUCAGAGUCACGGGCUGGCAAGAAGCGCUACAUGGACACCGCCAUUCGAAAUGUGCCCUUUCUUUACAGCAACAGGGAUGUCUUCGCCACUGAUAACUUCUACGUUCGCAAUGCGUACUUUGACCUUAAGACGAACGAAGGAAAUGCAGUCGCUCCACUUCGUGCCUUGCGCGGUUAUUCAUAUAGGGUUCAUUCCACUCUGGGAAAUAUCCUUCUGAAUGUCAGCCCCGCUAAUAGUGCCUUCUGGAGACCUUUGUUAGUAAGUCAAAUCUACCAGAACGGUAGCGGUCCGUUCGGCAAUUCGAAAGAUCAUGUUAAGAGAGCGCUCAGGGGCGUACGCGUGUACAUCGACUACAGCCGUGAAACCAAGGACAAGAAGUGCAAGCAUCCUAAAUGCAACGACCCAAACUGCAGCACCACCAUACCACCAGACAAAUUCAGCGCGAGAACCAGUUCUAAUAUGGACGGACAACAUGCGCGUAUCAAGACCAUUCGUGGUUUUGGUAAGGCAUGUAGCGAGCAAACCUUCUUGUGGGAACACAAGGAUGUCUAUGGCAAUAUCAUUACGGGCCAAUCAGUUCAACCUACAGUCCAAGAAUACCAGCAGAGACAGUAUGCUCGAGUGUUGCAACAUCCUGGCUUGCCUGCGGUUAAUGAAAACUGCCAUCCGAUAAGCCUCGAUCCUAGAAUGCUCCAGAUACCAUUCGUUCAUCUCAACCCUGCCACAAUUAUGUACUCGUCGACAACUGUUACCAAGACCGUUAACGAAAACACUGGAAGAUGGGAUCUCAAAGAGACCCAAUUCUUCAGAGGCAAUGCCAAAUCCCUGAAAUGGCUCUUGAUCACUGGACAAGGUGUCGACCGAAAUGAUGUCGUCUUUAUCUUGCAGUCGAUCUGCGUCACUGAAGAUAAGAUGAGACCAAAGAAUCUCGACUGGAGCAACGACUCUGCCCUCGGACAAUACAUGGCCAAUGUUGCUAUGAAAGAGAAUCUGAAGAUGGCUGGAAUCAAUCACUCAGCGCAAGGCGUGGAAGAGCAGCUGGAAAACACCAUUGUGAUUGGUGCAGACGUCACUCAUCCAGGAAGCGGAGCGUUACAGGGUACACCUUCGAUCGCGGCUAUUGUCAGCUCUCUGGAGGCCAAUGGCGGAAGGUUUCGCGGCAAUAUGCGGUUGCAAAGCGCGAAACAAGAGUACGACGAAGUUAUCACCAAAGAGCUCUCAACUAUCAAAAAUGCGUUCAUCGGAGUUGCCAAGCAGUUCAAGAAGCCUGUUCCCGAAUUCAAGACAACUGCGGUCAUCGUCACCAAGCGGCACAAUACUCGUUUCUUCCCCCGUCAAAAAGACGACGAGAUGCGUGGAAACGGCAACUGUAAACCUGGACUUCUUGUGGAAAGCUCCAUAACGUCACCAUACUACACAGACUUCUAUCUUCAAUCCCAUAACGCCAUCAAGGGGACUGCGCGAUCGUCCCACUACUUCGUUUUACAGAAUGAAAUGGGCAUCGAGAUAUCUGAUCUGGAGGACCUUACCCACAACCUAUGCCAUACAUACGUCCGGGCUACCACAGGCGUGUCUUACGCAUCUCCUGCUUAUUAUGCGGAUAGACUUGCGGAGCGGGGUCGCUGCUACUUGCGCGAAUGGUUCAAUCCCAGCAACACUAAACGCAACGCCUACGAGACCCAUUGCCAGCAGGUCGAAGCUGAUGUAGAAGCUGCACGCAAUCGUCCUCAGCGCACUGGAAACCACAAGAAGACGCCAGCAGAGAUACAAGAAGACAAGGCCGAUAGGGAACAGGUUUUGCAGCAAAUGAGAGACUACAUCUGGCCAGUCGUUGAAACUAGAUGGAACACGCCCAUCCAUGACCUCGCUGAGUCAGGCUUCAGACCGAACGCCAAGGCUAAGUAUGACCAUCUUAAGGGGACUAUGUACUGGAUGUAG